AUGCCUGAAGGAGCAGGGUUUUCGUUAUUCCCUUAUCAAUAUGUCAGUUCUCGAGUUAUAGCAGCAGCAGCAGCAGUAGCAGCUUCUUCCUCUUCCUCUUCUUACUCUUCUUCGACAUCUGCAGCAACACUGCUUCAAUCACCUUCUUACUUCGGACAUAUCGUUUUGCAAUUCACAAGGCAAGUUAUGCGACCCAAAGUAGUGCUGCCCAUGUUAUUUGUGAUUGUAUUGCUAUUCGAUUUAGAUGGCUCACUCGAUAUAGACGAUGAAUUCUUUUUGGAAGAAAGCAAUGAAAAUAAUGAACAAAACCUUUAA